AUGUCCUCCACCCACGUCCUCCUCCAGUUCUCCUCCGACCCCUGGAACGCCCGCUUCGAGGACCAGGAGGGCCGCCUCGCCUUCACCGUCGCGAUGGUCGACGAGAGCCCGAACCUGAUCAUGCGCGUCACCCGCGAGCCCCCCUGGGCCCAGCAGCACCCCGAGCUCAUGGGCCCCUCCAAGUCCUUCUUCUACUUCGGCCCCAACCGCACCCCCGGCCACUUCAUCUACGGCAACUCCACCUAUGUCACCAUGCCCCAGGCCCGCGAGCGCAAGCGCGAGAACAGCACGUCCCGGUACUUCUGGGCGCAGAACGCACGCGAGUACAAGUGGCGGAUACUCUCCACCCAGCGGCUAGAGUGCGUCGACUCGCGCGGGAACGUGAUCGCGCUCUGGGAGACGAGCCAGCUCGCGGACCCGCACGCCGCGCGGCUCACCCUCCGCGCGUCCGCGCUGCCCAUCGUGACCGAGAUCGUGACGACGCUCAUCCUGAACCGCAUCGCCCAGAUCCUAAAUUGGCCCUGA